CUAUAUAUAAUAAAUAUCAAGAUGUAAUUAAUAAACGAGUAAUUCCGUAAUUUUUUUUUUCUUUGCCAUUAUUUCACUGAUCAACAUACGUCGUCGAAAUCCUGUUGCUUCUUCUUGCCUUGCUUAAGAGGCUUAAGUUUACCACCUAUUAUAAAUUAGAGUGCCAUGUUGUAAAGAAAAGAAAAAGAACACUUCUUCCAAGUUAUUUAUCGCUACUUUUCACGCCCGCAGAAUUUUUCGUUUGAAAGGCAGGAGUCCGUUCCGCGAUUGUCGGUAUCUCAUCUUUUCUCUUCUCUCAUCCCUUGAAUGAUACGUUUGCCUAUCCUAUUGACCUCUUAUAUUAGACCUCUUUUUUUUUUCUUUCAUUCAUUGGUACCUCAUGUCACCAUAGCCAUAAACACGAUAUACAAAGCAAGGAGCUUGAUGCCCGCUCAUGCUUAUCUGCCUUUCUCUUUGAAUACUUUUGUAAAAAGCGCAUUACUCUCUAAGAUGAACUGCAGUCUAUCAUCAUAUUUACCACAACAAUGCAUCCUAUUUACACUUUAAAAGAAGCAGUAAAGCUUUUUGCUAGUCAUAGCAAACCAAUACAGUAGUAACAAUAAAGUGCUGUGAUCAACUAAAUUCAUCGCCGCGGUC